ACUAUUGACAUUCUACGUAUGUAAAGAAAAAUAAAAUCUAACUGUGAACUGGAUUUGUUAUUCUCCCAAAUUGUCUGUUAUCCAAAUUUAAUUAAAAGUUAAUAAAAAUUAGUAAUUUGCAUCCCGUUAUUCGGCAAUCUUAUCAUCCAUCCAUCCUGGGAAAAGAAGUUUUUGAAGGACUAAAUUUGAGGAGGACCUUGUAUUAAUAAAGAAGAUAACUGAAAAUCAGAGAUAACUACUACUAUAUUGUUUUUACUUGGCGUAAUACCAGGAAUUGAAUAACUUGCGUUGGGAAAGGACACCUCACUCGGAGGAGAAAAGACCAACCAACCAACCAAUCGAUAAAAAAAUUUGCGAUUAGGAGGUGAUAUGGUGUUUAAAUGUUUUAAUGUGGAAAAGACUCAAUGAGAAGCGAGUGUUCUUCGAGGGUAGUUACAAUAAUAUUGACUACGACCUUGUCGCCUCCUCGGAGGAUGAUGAUCACCCACUGAAAGAAAAUAUAAGGCUUUUGCCAAUCUCAAAUCAUCGUUCAUCCAACGGACACGUUCAAAAGGGUUCGAAACCGAUAAAGAACGGGGGCACGACGACGACAUUCCAUUACAGGAACGGAGUGUCUUCGACGACGACCAACAACUAUACCAAACAUCUCGUGGAUUCGGAGGGGGAAGAAUUCAACAGAUUCAGCUACAGCAAUAGCAGCGGACCUAGGAGGAUGUUGCGGAGGGAUAGAGGUCCGAGCAGUGUGGACAAUCCAAACUAUUCCGGUGGGGUUAUAGACAUCGGGCCCCUGGAGACGGAUGGGAACAUGAUGGGCGGAGGGGAAAGGGCAGGCAGCCCGUCGCAUCAUAAUGCCCUCGCGUCGGAUGAAUACAGGAGACGAAGUGAACUCGGGCGGAGGGGCAGAUUGCUGAAUGCAUGUUGCGAAAUCUUGCGAUAUGCUUGCUGCUGCUGUUUCUGGGUGGUCAACUGGAUCAGCAGGGAGAAAGAAUUGAAAGAAAGGGAAAUCACGAUUGGACAACCACUCCCUCAAAAAUUUGCCCCGAAUGUGAUCAAAAAUCAGAAAUACAACAUCAUCACGUUCUUUCCUCUCGUGCUAUUCCAACAAUUCAAGUUUUUUCUCAACCUGUACUUCCUGGUGAUGGCAUGCAGUCAGUUCUUUAAGGAUCUCGUUGUUGGAUAUUGGUACACGUAUUGGGGACCCUUGAUCUUUGUACUGACAAUCACCAUGAUUCGCGAGUUGAUCGAUGACCUUCGAAGGCGACAACGCGAUCAUGAAAUCAACAAUCAAAAAUACACAAAAAUAUUGCAAGGCGAGCAGCAUUACAUUCCCAGCUCUAAAAUCAAGGUCGGGGAUUUAAUAAUGGUGGAAAAAGACCAGAGAGUUCCGGCCGAUAUGGUGCUAUUGAGGACAAGUGACAGGAGUGGAAGGUGUUUCAUUAGGACGGACCAGCUCGAUGGUGAAACGGAUUGGAAACUCCGACUUCCCAUUCUUCAAGAUGUUGAGAGCGAUUCUGAGCUUUUCAAACAAAACGUUACAAUUUAUGCUGAACGACCCCAAAUGGACAUUCAUUCUUUUAUCGGAACUUUGUACAAGAAAGUUGGAGGACCUGAAGGUGAAGAAAACGUUGAAGAAGCCGGGAUCAAUGUCGAUAAUACGGUUUGGGCAAAUACGGUGGUUGCUGCUGGAAGUGCUGUAGGACUAGUUGUGUACACUGGUAAAGAAACUCGCAGUGUUAUGAAUAAUUCAAUUCCUCGAAGCAAAGUGGGCCUGAUUGAUUUGGAGAUCAAUGAUUUGACAAAGAUUUUGUUUGCUGCCGUAAUGGGACUCGCUUUUUUGAUGAUGUGCUUAAGGGGCUGGGAAGGCCCAUGGUUUGUUGUGAUGUUCCGAUUUGUCCUCCUGUUCUCUUACAUUAUUCCAAUCAGUCUCAGGGUAAACAUGGAUAUGGCCAAAUCAUAUUACGCUUACACAAUUCAACGUGAUCCAUCAAUCGCUGGGACAGUUGUUCGAAGUACUACCAUCCCCGAAGAUUUGGGAAGAAUAAGUUAUCUCUUGACUGACAAGACUGGAACAUUGACUCAAAACGAGAUGAUUUUCAAACGCCUCGUCCUCGCUACGAGUCAAAUGUCGGACGUGGACGAUGUCAGUGAAAAAUUGAAACAAGGUCUCCAACCCACCGCUCCGAGUGAAACUCAUCAAAGAAUUAAUGAAAUUGUCCGAAUAACUGAAGCCAUCAAGGCAUUGGCCAUUUGUCACAAUGUUACCCCCGUGUACGACGAAAGCCAAGUCUUGGAAGAUGAAGAGAGUGUUUAUGGAACGGAAGCGGAAGUGACUUAUCAAGCUUCUAGUCCAGAUGAGAUCGCCCUGGUCAAAUAUGCUAAGGCCGUUGGGCUAUCUCUCGCCAAAAGAGACCAGGCAAGCAUGACGUUACGUUCUUCAGAACUCCGAGUCGAGUCGAGGAGUUUAGUCGAGUUGGAGUAUCAAAUACUUCAAGUUUUUCCAUUCACGUCUGAAGCAAAGAGAAUGGGAAUCAUUGUGAUGGAUAAGCGUACUGGGGAAAUUACAUUUUACUUGAAGGGUGCUGAUAUCGCAAUGAAAAGUAUUGUCCGAUUCAAUGAUUGGUUGGAUGAAGCUUGCGACAAUUUGUCAAGAGAAGGACUGCGAACCCUCGUUGUUGCCAAGAAAGUGAUGACCAGAGCAGAGUAUGAAGAAUUUGAAAAACGGUACAAUACAGCCAAAAGCAGCAAAUCGGAUCGAGCCAACCAAACGUACCAGACAAUGUGCGAAAUUGAGAACGAUAUGCAACUCCUUUGCGUCACAGGGGUAGAAGACACUCUUCAAAAGGACGUAAAGAUUACGCUAGAAAUGCUCCGCAACGCUGGAAUUAAGAUUUGGAUGCUGACAGGAGAUAAAUUGGAAACUGCGACCUGUAUCGCAAAAAGUUCAAAAUUAGUGUCAACCCAACAGCAAAUUUACGUCUUUAGAGAAAUAGCAGAUCGAACCCAGGCGUUUAAUGAGCUCAACUCGUUCCGAAGAAAAUCAGAUGCUGCCAUGAUUAUCAGAGGAGAGGCGCUCGACAUUUGUUUGCGCUACUUUGAACGAGAGUUCAUGGAACUUGCUACAACUUGUCCUGUUGUUGUCGUUUGUCGUUGCUCGCCUACGCAAAAGGCCAAAGUUGUCGAGUUAGUGCAGAAACACACGGGAAAAAGGACUGCCGCGUGUGGAGACGGAGGAAAUGAUGUUGCGAUGAUUCAAGCAGCAGACGCUGGUGUCGGAUUAGAAGGCAAAGAAGGUCGACAAGCGUCUCUGGCAGCGGACUUUUCAGUCACCCAGUUCAGCUUCAUAGCUCCAUUGUUACUCAUUCAUGGACGCUAUUCGUACAAGCGAUCGGCUUCACUGGCACAGUUUGUCAUGCAUCGAGGACUAAUCAUUACCGUUAUGCAGGCAGUAUUCUCGUCAAUUUUUUACUUUUCCUCCGUUGCGCUCUACCAAGGCUUCUUAUUGAUAGGAUAUGCAACCGUGUACACGAUGCUCCCCGUGUUCGCCUUGGUUUUAGAUAAGGAUGUCAGGGCUGAAGAUUUGCUCAGGCUGCCCGAGUUGUACGCAGAAUUAGGGAAAGGUCGAUCUCUCACGUUGAAAACUUUCUUUCUCUGGGUUUUGAUCAGUGUAUACCAAGGCGGAAUGCUUAUGUAUGGCGCAUUGAUCUUGUUCCAAGAUGAAUUUAUCCACAUUGUGUCAAUUAGUUUUACAUCUCUAAUAUUGACUGAACUGAUCAUGGUAGCACUUACAAUCAGGACAAUGCACAAAUUGAUGAUAAUGUCUGAAAUCGUGUCAUUUCUCCUCUACAUUUUAUCUCUGGUCGUCUUCCACGAUUACUUUGAUUCUGACUUUAUUUUAUCCUUCAACUACGUAUGGAAAGUCGUUCUGAUAACCGCCUUAUCCUGUGUACCAAUCUAUAUCACAAAGUUUAUCCGAAAUUGGAUAGCUCCACCGAACUAUUCUAAGUUGAGUUAAACCAACCAGUCAAAUCAGUGGAACUUUGUCGCCAACCCCGUAUAUCCGCAUAAUUGUUUUGUAUCGUAACUAUUUUUAAAUGUAUGUAAAACAGACAUGUAAUUAAACGUUAACUUCAUUAUUAUGUUAUAACCAGAUAACCACCUAAAUAACAUGAGCGAAUAUAUAUAUGAUUGAAACAUUGUAUGUAUUAAUAUAUCAUGUCAGAGGUCGACGCCGACAAAUUUUCGGUGACAGUUUUUGAUGAUUUUUCGACGGCGUCGCAGUGUCGAAGGAAUAGGAUAUAAAAUUUAUCGGCGGCGGCGGCGGCGGCGUACGAUCCGCGGCGUCUCGGCGGCGUCGAUCUCUGCAUCAUCUGACAGGUUAAUUGUGUUGAGAGGGCAGGCAAAUUAUUCGUUUUUUUCUCAUGGUAGUGUUUGUGUUGUGUUAAUUUUCUACACUUUCGUUGCACUAUGUACAUAUUUAUAUGAGGUAUUUUUGCGUGGUAUGAAAAAUAUUGGUUGGAGGUUAACAGAAUUAUAAUAAUUUGAUACAAAUAAUAUUUAUGAUGCUGAAUGUACAUACAUACACACUGAAUAACUCGGUUAAGAGCUUCAGGUUGAUAGUAACUUAACUAAAACAUAAUAAUAAUAAUAUAUUGCUGUACCUGCCAAAAUCUCUAAUAGUGUAAUAAAUUAAAUUGUACCCGUCACCAUUUGA